AUGCCUCCCCGAUACCCCACAUCCGAAGAACCCAUCUCGGCCGCCGCGCCCGUCACCGCAGACAUAAUAGCACCACUACCCGUGCCCUCCUACGGCGCCAGCGGCACCUUCACAGUCAUAGCCCGCACGCGCAUCUCAGCCUCGCCGCUCGCCGUCCUGAAUACUAUCCGCGAUACGACAACAUGGCCGAAAUGGAAUACUUUCUGUCCACGUGGUGUCAUAAUGGGUGCCUCGAAAUCGAAGGGGAAAGGGAUACGGAGUAGUACGAGUACGCGUACGGGUGUAUCUGAUAUAUAUGGAGAGAAGGGGAAAGAGGGGUAUGGACUUGGAGAUUUCGGUCGCGGUGGCGGGGAUGAGAGUCAGGGCUGGUUGGAACAGGGGAGUGAGGUUCUAGUCGACGUAUUCCUGAGCGGCGACGGCCUAGUGCCCGGCCGGAAACGCACGCGGGCGCAAACCAUCGCCGUUACGGUGCUCGAGCGCAUAAUAGACUCGGAGACGGAGGGCGAUGGCGUUAAGAGGAGCGGCUAUAGACUGGCCUGGAAGACGACGGGGUGGGCGGAUUGGCAGUAUCGCUCGGAAAGGGUCAUGGAGUUCGUGGCGCGCGAGGAGGGCGGGACGGAUUAUACGUGUUGGGAGACUUUUAGCGGCGUGCUGGGACCGGUGGUUAAGAGGAUUGCGGGGAGCAGUCUGUGUGAUCGCUUUGGGGACUAUGCGAGGGAUGUUAAGGCCUUUUUGGAGGGUACCGAGUUGAAUGUACACGUUGGUGAGGCCGAGGCGAAUACAAAACGGAGGAGUAUAUAG